AUGUCUGAUGAUCAGAGCUUUAUGAACUAUUCCCCUGAUGAGUUUGAGUCGGACGCUGAGUUUGAAUAUGAAGACGAUGAUGAAGUGGUGGAAGUCGCUUCUGCAUCUCAGUCAGAUGAUGGGGUGGUUGAUGAUGAUUAUGAUGAUGAUGAAGGAGAUGGAGAAUUUGAAGAAGGAGAUUAUGAAAAUGACAAUGCUGGUGAUGCCAGUGAUUUCAAACAAGAAGAUACAUUAUCAACAAAGAAAGACUUGGUGGAAUAUAAAGCUCAUUCAACAAAGGAUUUGGUAGCUAAGUUAAGCGCUCAAACAAAAAACAUUUCAAGCGUUUUGGAAUUGACAGAUGAUAAUGCUCUAACGUUGCUACAAUUUUAUUCAUGGAACUCUGAAAGACUUAUGGAAGAAUAUAUGGAUGAUCCUGAUAGAGUUAAAACAGCUGCUGGUGUUAUAGUAGAUGGUUCUACCAAAGCUGGUUCAACGUUUAAAAAAUAUAAUAAAGGUGAAUUCAUGUGUUUUAUCUGUUGUGAUGAAAAGACUCAAACAUAUCAAUUAUCAUGUGGUGAUGAAUACUGCUUAGAUUGUUAUAGUAAAUAUAUUAAAGACAAAACAUCAUCUGGUAAAGUUAUUAAAUGUCCAAACUGUGAUGUUGCAUUAAAUUCACAAGAUUUAGAUUUUAUAGCUGGUGAAGGUGAAAGUUUCAAAUUAAUUGAAAGUUCAAUUAAGGAAUAUGUUGAAAGACAUCGAAGUUAUAAAUGGUGUCCAUCCGUUGAUUGUCCAAAUGUUGUUGAAAUAUUAAACUUUGCAGAUAUACCCAAUAUUGUUUCUGAAAACCAUGUCCCAGUUGUUACAUGUAACCAUAAUCAUCAAUUUUGUGUUUCAUGCUCAUUUGAAAAUCAUACACCUGUCCCUUGUGGAAUUGCCAAACAAUGGGUAACAAAAUGUAAAGAUGAUUCAGAAACUGCAAAUUGGAUAAUGUCCAAUACUCAACAAUGUCCAAAAUGUGAUUCAUCAAUUGAAAAAAAUGGUGGUUGUAAUCAUAUGACUUGUAAAAAAUGUCGUUAUGAGUUUUGUUGGAUUUGUUCACAAGAUUGGACAAGUCAUGGUACCUCUUAUUAUCAAUGUACAGCUUUUAGAGAUAAUCCAAAUGACAAAGCUAAGAAUAAAGAAAAAGAAGAAUUAACUGCUAAACAAAAAUUAAGAAAUCUAACAAAAAAUUCAUUGAAAAAAUAUUUACAUUAUUAUAAUUUAUAUGCAGUUCAUGAAUCUUCAACAAAAUUAGAUGAUAAAAGAUGUAAAUUUGUUGAAGAAAAAGUUCGUGAAUUACAAGAAACUUCAGGUAUAUCAUGGAUUGAAGCUCAAUUUCUUGUUGAAAGUGCAGAAGCAUUAUUGAAAGCUAGAAAAGUACUUAAAUGGUCUUAUGCAUUUGCCUAUUAUUGUGACAGAACAGGUCUCUUAGAUAUUUUUGAAGAAGUUCAAGCAAAAUUAGCAGAAUCUGUUGAAAAUUUAAGUAAAUUAUUUGAAAUUGAAGAUCCUUUGGAAAUUGUACGAAAUAAAUUAGAAUUUUUAAAUAAGAGUCAUUUUUUACAAGAACGUCAAAAAGCUAUGAUUUCUUGUACAUUGGAAUCUAUUGAUUAUGGAUGCCUUUCAGGUAAAGAUUAA